GCCCACAUCCUCAAAAUACACACUUAACACCGGCACACACACAAGCCUGAUCAGAUGCAGAGCGAGCGACUGUGUCUGUCUCUCUCCCUCCCUCCUCCCUCGUCCACCAGCAUUUAACGGCGCACCGCUUCCACCAAUCUGUGCAGCGAGAGGACCACCCCAACCCCUGAACCUGAAUCUACCCGCCCUGCCCGUUUAUAAAUACUGCUUGAAUCACACCGGCAAGUCUUGGUCGUCAGAAACGCUCAGGGUUGCAGCAGAACAUCCCCCUUUCGUCUUAUCCCCCUUCAUCGUUUCUCUGUUUUUUAAGAAAAUCUUACGCAUCAUCCAUUUUUCACUCUCAUUCUCCCUCCUUUUUCCGAACUGUAGUUGUUUUUUUGCGGCCAGUUGCAUGCAUUUUUCGUCUCCCAAAAUGGUUUGCGAGACUAAAAUUGUUGCGGACGAACACGAUGCUAUACCUGGGACCAAAAAAGAGUCGAUCAUGUGGAGCUCUCCUCCGUCCAGCGCGGCUCUAAACCCCGCCGAGGCAAAGGAUGUGAGGAAAGAUGCGGUUUUUAUCCGCGAGUUCGAGCGCGGGGAUCAGGAGGAGGUGCGGCGCAUCUUUUACGAGGGUAUUAUGGAGAGGAUACCCAACACGGCGUUUAGGGGGCUCAGGCAGCAGCCCAAGACUCAGUUUUUAUAUGCUCUUCUGACAGUAAUGUGCUUUUUCGUGACCAAAUCCGUCACGCUGACCUGCUGUGCGCCCCUCAUUCUCAUGGGUGCGCGCUACUACUACAGCAGGAAAGUUAUCCAGAGUUAUCUGGACUGUGCUCUGCACACGGACAUGGCUGACAUAGAGGCUUAUUACAUGACACCCGCAGGCUCCUGUUUCUGGGUGGCGGUGCUGGAUGGACGCGUGGUGGGGAUUGUGGCAGCACAAGGCCGCGAGGACGACAACACGGUUGAGCUGCGGCGCAUGUCGGUGGACUCUCGCUACCGUGGCAAAGGCAUCGCAAAGGCCCUGGGUCGCCGGGUCCUGGAGUUCGCCGUGCGCAACAACUACGCCGCCGUGGUCCUCGGCACGACGGCUGUCAAGUUGGCCGCCCACAAGCUGUACGAGUCGCUGGGCUUCCGCCGAACGGGCCAGAGCGAGGACUACAGGCUCCCCGGGAUGAGCCGCUCGCCGCUGGAGAGGCUCUUCUUCCAGAUCCGCUACAGCCGCUACCGCCUGCAGCUCCGUGAGGAGUGAGAGGUGACAGGGAGAGGGAGAGAGAGAGAUGGAGAGGGGGAGAUGGAGAAAAAGAGAGGGACAGAGAGAGAGAGAGAGAGAGAGAGCAACAACCCUCCUUCACCUGAGAGCCCCGACCGACCGCAUCCUCUCCUCUGACAGCUUUUAUUUAUUUUGUGUCAUUAGAGAUAACUUCGAGUACUACUUAACACUUCUACUACUUCAUCUUCAAAGUCACUAACGUUUUCAUUACUAUUAUGCUUUUGUUGCUGUUGUUUUUGUAUUAUACUUUUACAUUUUUAAAUAAGAGUUUGUUUCUUUUCCUCUAUUUUAUUAAGCUAUUUUUUUUUGUACCUUUACCCCUCCCUUUCCAUUGUGGGAGAAAAAAAAACAAAUUGGCCUUUAUAAAAGAUAUUUUACUGGCAACCCAACUAGGUACCCCUCCCCUGCCCCCCUGCCCCUUUGGUUUUAAGAUGAUAAGAUGAUUGGACUCUGAUCAAUACUUCCCCUUCAUUACAAUUCCACAAUGCCCUCUUUUACCCCUCCCCGUUACCUCAAGCCCUCCCCUUCCCUCCCACAUUCUUCUAAUUUCCCCACAGUAAAAUUCAAUGGACGGGUUUUGACACAGGAGAGUGCAAUGAGACAUUUGCAUUCUGUGUCAUUGGGGGGUUGGACAGAGCCAUGGAUGGGUUGGGAGGGGCAGAUAUGGCUUCCUCGAGAGCAAAAAAAAAAAAAAAAAAGUGGUGGUGGGGGGAGCUUGUGGUACACACUCUCUUUUACAAAAAGCUCUGCAAUGUUACAUUUUGUGUGUGCAUUGUGGACAGAGCGUGGUCUCUCACACACACACACACACACACACACACACACACACACACACACACACACACACACACACACACAAACCAAGUCAUUUUGGCUUUUAACCAGACUCUCAAGACACCAUAUUGAAGCACAGCAAGAGUGUGUUACUGAUCCCCAUAGCGAGAGAGAAGGAUGACAGGAUGGUUACCGGAAUAUGCACUGUGUAUCCUGCGUCCUGGAUGGAUUCGAAUCAACACAGUGCAUCUUCCUCACACACACGUCCAUCCCUCUCUUCGUUCUCCUCGUUAUCCUCCUCAUGAUUUUGAUUGGAUCUCGCCUUCCUUUCUGUUGUUUUUUUUUUCUUCUGGAUCUAUCCUCAGUUAAUUAACUGCUUUUCUCACUGAAGCUGUGGAGAGGGUCUCUGAUUGGUUGAGGUGACGGGAGGGUGGAACUUUCUCGUUGCAGUGUCACGCUGACAGAUCCCAAGAUACAAUAUAGCUGCAUGUCAGAGCUUGUCUGUGUGUGUGUGUGUGUGUGUGCGUGAUUGUUCGGAGUAUGUGACUAUAUGUGUGAGUGUGUGUGUUUGUUUGUGUGUUUGAUGAGGCCAUGGUCAGACAUUUAGACCAUGAGCUCAACAGUGUAUGAGGAACAAUUAACCUAUUUUUAUUUUGCGUGAAACAGACACGCACCUUUCUUGCUAUGAGUCGAGUAUUAUCUAACUAAAACAUUACUACUUUCUAUGUGUACUUAUAAAUUGUUUACUGACUGAAGAAAGAUAAAUUCUAACAUUUUGAAUAUGUUUAGUAUUUGAAUGAUAAUUAGUAAUUUUAUAUCUUUAAAAUAAACAUAUUACCACAUUGUAAUAUGCAAAUUUUUCCGUCAAAACUACGACAAUUACAAAGUAGCUGCAGUCUACACUCCACAUACUUAAUCCAGGUUAUUGGGGAACAACUUGGGUAAGACAUGAAUACUAGCAAUACUUGCAAACCUACAGUACGUAACUGAGCACAAAUAGCAAAUAAUUAUUUAAACCAAUAUAACUGAAUUAGUAUUCCUCCUUCCCCAUGUAUUUAUAUUGUGUAUACAGUUAAAAAAAACUCAUGUAGCGAAACAAAACGUCAGAAGUUUCUCCCAUAACACCUCUCUCCAUCUCCAUCCUCUGACCAUACAACCAGCAGUAGAUUCAGCCAUCCACGACUCUGAGCCUAAGUUCUGUCGUCAUACCCAUUUGUAAAAAGUAACAUAUAAAGCAAAAUACAACAAAAAAAAAAACACAAAAGAUUUAAAAAAAGAGACAAAAAAAAUUGAAUACAAAUGUAAUCGUCAUAAAGUUAGCACUGACCCUCCUUGCCUUGCCACCCUUUUCUCCCCCAAACUCUCCCUGCCUCCCAUUCAUGAAUCUGUCUGCAACCCUGGGCUAGACCCCACACCUUCCAUUUGAACCCUGCACACCCUCCACUGACCUUUGACCUUCCCCUGUCCCAGGCCACACCCAUUUCCUGCCCAUCUUUGCAUGCGCCACAGAGCCUUGCUGCACUGCUUUUAUUAUUCCAUUUGAAGCUUGUUGGACCAACCCUUAGACCCCGCCCCCUUACUCUGAUGUCAUCUAGGCAGUGUGACGCUUUCGGGAAAGGCUGGUGUGCCAGGUUGCAAGGAUGAUGUACGGUUGUAUGAGUAUCGGUGUGAUGCAGAAGACACAGAAAAGUGAGAAAGGUGUGUGUGUGUGUGUGUGUGUGUGUGUGUAUUGCAGACAUAGGAUAUACUCACCAGCUGCAGCACUGCCUGGAUGACAUAAUGCCUGCCAGCCAACCAACUGUAGAAUGCAAAAAGCAAUGCAAGUGUGGCAUGCCUCUGUACCCGGUGUGUGUACGGUGCCUGCCCUGGAAAAGUGUGUAAAAAAAAAAAAAAAGUUAACUAAUUUAUAUACUAUAUAUAUAAAUAUAUAUAUAUAAAAAGAAAAUAAGCUUCUUUUUUUAGAUGAACAUAUAAAAGAAAUGUGUGUUUCUUUGUUUGGGAAAAAAGAAAAAAUUGUACCAUUUGCAUGAAAUGUGUCUUUGAAUGCAAAUAUAACUUUUAGGGGAGAAACUCCUAGCACAUGGCAUACAGUGGAACCAUAGACUUGUCAUUUUUACAAUGGUUUAUUUUUUAUUUUAAAUAAUCUUAAUUCUCUGGAGUCAAGACAAGGGCGUGAAAUUAAUACCAGCCACAAGCCAGUGCUCAUAAAUCUUUAGGAGGUAGCCAACCCUUGUUUAGAAGUUAUAUUCCAUUUAAAAGUCUUGCUAAGCUGAAAGCGGCUAUUGAUAUUCAGAUUUAUCUGUCACUGGCUGGAGGACUGAAAAGUAUCAUAGCUCUUUUUCUAUUAAACCAGCUUGUGCAGGACUUGAGAUCAUCUUAUGGGCAUUCGGAAAAUGAUGCAAGAGAAAACAUGUAUUCCCAUGCAGUACAUAGUGCAAAAAUCUUGUGGUUCUUUACAAGCACCGAGUGAAAUAUUUUUCACCCAACAAGCCCUUUGCCAGGUUUAUCAUAUACAGAUAAAAGGAAACACAGGCAGCAGGAUAGGGUAUUAAGUUUGCAGUGACGGUCAAAUGUUUAGACUUUGUUCCAGGUGACGUAGGUAAUCACUGUUUCCUGUUAAAAGUAUCCUCAAACCCCGAUCUGAACCCGUGUCAGCUAAAUGCCUAAAAUAUUUAGUACAUCCUAGUUUCUUUUACAUCUAACUUUGGAUUAUACUUUCCACAAUAUAUGUUGUUUUUUUUUUUUAGGGAUGUAAAUACAAAACCCCCACAAAAGGACAAAAGUUUUUGACCUUAGCUACUUUAAGCCGUUGAGAUGCCUAUGUUUGUCAGGUCCCGUGAAACUAAAGCUUCGUCACCUUCCCUCCCUUCGUACAAGCCAUGUGUUCAAGCCACGUGUAGAGGAGGCUUAACUACCGACAAGUUCUUUGUCUUUUAAUUGGAGCCAAUCUUACGAUUGAAAACAUAAAAAAAGCAAGGCACAAAUGCACUGAAAGCAUCGAACAGUAUAUAUAGUAUAGAUGUUUUCACUGGGCCGACAUGUGGAGGGUGCCUCACAACACUUUUGAUGCAUCUGCUUUGAACUUGGUUGUUGCUGGAGAGCCAAAAGAGGACCAGGCUGUAUUUUGUGACUUUUCUGGAGCAACAGCUACCACUGACGUUCCUACAGUAGUUACAAACUUCCUACUGAGCUAAGCAGGAAAUUAGGCAACAGGACACAACAACCAAACUACAGUGUGAACACUAUGCUGGAUGUUUUUAUGGUCCCUGUCCAAAAUGUAAUAAUAUCAGAACAUAAAUCAGACUAUAAACUAUCUAUUUCUUCAAAAAAUAAAAUCUGAAAUUACUGUUGUGAAAUGUAGGCUUCAGUGGUGCUGAGGCUUUAGAUUCCCUCACAGAAAAACCACAGCAGAGGCACAUUUGUGUCAAAUAACUUAUGUCAGUUAUCACUGCUAGGGUGUUUAGGUCCUUGCUGUAUGACUCAACCCACUCUUUAUAAGACUUGGGUGAGGUCUGAAGGUUGAGUGAGAGGUGGAUUUUGCUGAGGUGGAUUAUAAAAUAAGCUGCGGUCUGGAUCUUUUGGAAGAAUGUGAAGUCUGUCAAUUCUGAGCCAUUUCUGCUGCUGCCAAUCUCAGUUUUUGCCAGAUGAAAUUUAAAACACUUCAUGUAUUUUUAGGAGAAAUGAUUAUCCAUACUGGUACGUAUUCUGAACAAAGGUAAUAUCAUUCAAAACGCCUUUGCCAAGGCCUUAUGCACUGGAAUCAAACGCUGGAGUUCAAAUAUCUUGUGGACUGCAUGGCUUAAGGUAGUUAAAGGGUGAUUUUUUUAAUUGUAAAGAUGAAGUGCACUGACUAUAAUGCAUUUAUUUCUAGUCUGAGCAAUGUCUGUUUUCUACUUCAUGUGAAUGCUAUGCCCUGUGAAGUCUCACCUCCCAUUUAAAAACUGGUAACGCAUACUUGAUGUUAGAAUGUAGUAAUUAAACUGUAUGCAACUUCUACCAGAGUGUAAAUUUAGAUACAAACAAUUCCUCUGAAAUGUUCUGCUGAUGUACAAUCCAAACACAAUCCCACUUUUUUUUUUUUUUUUGUUUUCUUUGUUUUUUUUAUUUGGUUUUCUGUGAUUUGUUUGAGUGCGAGUGUGCUGUCCUAUUGGUUGAGGUUUGAGAAGGUAUGCUGCAUAAAGGCCUCUCCAGCUGGAGAAGGCUCUUUUAGUUUAGAGUGCUUUAGAACCCAAAAAUGAUCAUCUGAUGCUCUCUCUCUGAUGGCAGACACAGAGGCCCAAGCUGAGGCUGAAGCCAAAGCUUCAAUUUCAGCAGUUACAAAAAAAACACAACCCUAAAAUGGCCACAUUAAUAACCAAAACGGUAAAAAUAUCAAUAAUUGUCACGAUCAGUGUAUCAGUUUAUCUACUGGUGAAGGAGCAUAGAAUUCAGAACUGCACAAAUGUACAGAUCCUGUGGGUGUGUUGUGUUACUAUGAUGGUGUGUGUCCAUGCUCAACAGCCUUGGGGACGAACACUCACAGGCAUGAAUGUAAACUGCCAACAUUUUAGGUCUUAGAAAGAUUUUUUAUGUUUUAAAUCUUUCCUGGUUGCUUUUUUACUUUAUGAAUGAGAAGAACAGUGGGGGAAAGGGUAAAAAGCAGCUAUUGGUUCUUUCAUUAAGUGACUAAACCACUACAUUAGAUGUUAAACAUUUUGUGUGAUUGUAAAUAGCCGUAUCUCUACGUAUUGUUAAUGUAUUAUUUACUGCAACCUGUCAUCUUUGCUGGUUUUAACCAACCCUGAUGGAGUUCAUUUUUGUCUCAGAAGAUGGCUGUCGCCUGGAAUGUUCCACCUAACGAGGAGGGCGAGGGGUGAGGGAGGAAUGUGCCACAUUGGCAGUUAAAUGGGGGGGUGUGGGGGGGGUGUGGUGGGGCGGCGGGAGGAGGUCUGCAGCAACAGAGCUCCACAGCAUGGACUCCCUCUCUCUCUCUACCUCUGGUGAGGAUUUUGCUCCACUGUGGCAAAUACAGAAGGACUCACUUUGGACUGAGGCCACAGGUGCCAAGAACACAUAAGCACUUGUAGCACAACUGUGUCUUGUUUUGCUAUUACAGUACAGAUAGUUUUGAUUUUUUACAUUUCCUAUGAAGAAUAUGGAUAAAGUUUCUCUUUCUCCUGUAUUAUUGACUGUAUGUAUCACAGCAUAUAUACAAGACAUGAUACCAUAGUGUAUAAUUCGUACUACGACCCAUGGCUAUUUUUGGAGGUGAAAUUUGCCAAAGGUGACAGUAAUUGCUGCAUUUUUAUUCCUUAUGUGGCUAUGUUUUGUUUAACACAAUCCUGUACUUACUUGGUAUUAUUUGGCAAAAAUCCUGCCCACGUGCCAUCUAAUCAAGCAAUAAAUACAAACAAACAGACGAAACCACAAAAUAAUGACAUACUAUCAACGAUGAUUUUAUUAAAUACAUGAAAUGCUGCAUUGAUGUUAUAUCCCUUAUACUGUACCUAUUAAUGAUGCCGUCACAGUAUUGGCAUUGCGACAUUACCACUCAUUAUAUCGAAGCCGGAAGGGGUGUUUGAUUGUAAAAUGUUUCUGUUUUUUGUAUUUUUCUUUACAAGGAGGUGUCAAAGGUGUGUUUUUCUAAAACUCAAAGUUGAAGUACACAGGUGUACCUCUGCAUAUUUGUACAGAUGUCAAUAGGAAAAGGGGUAAAUGACAAGAGGGGGAUAAUGGAUGCUAAAGAGUGAGCAGUUCAAGCAGACAGGAAAAAGAUGGCGUAGCCACACUCUGAAAGUGCAAUCUGCUGUAAGUCUCUCAACUGAGCUUUUAUCUAACCACAAAGACUUCCGGUUAACUUGUAUCACUGAGACAUGCACUGCAACGUCACUACCACCACUCUGUUAGUACGAUUGAAAAUAAUCAAACAUGCUGCAGCUGCCAGAAUCGCAACUAUCAACCAUGUUGACUUUUCUUACAAGUGAGAUUCAAUGUCUUUUUUUGAAUCUGCAAGUUAGUAACUGUAAAGUUGUAAAGUAUAUUUUACUGUAAAUAGCAUCUGGGGGUCAUUUUUACUCCUUUUGUAACAGAAACUGUGGAUUUAAAAUAUAUAAAAAUAUAUUUUAAAAGAUAUUUACAGCACUAAUAAAGAGAUUCUACAGUAGUGCAGGUGUCUUCAUCUGUAUUACCUCAUGACAAUCCCAUACUGACUAAUGGCUGCCACUUUCAGGGGCUACAGUGAACGCCAUCUUAACCUUGUGUCUCUGUCCCACGCUGAUGGGUUCAGACACAGCCUUCCUUGUCCUGCCUGUCUGCUUGAACUCUCAAGUCGUCAGAGAGAGCAUAAAACACUGCACAGCAGCAGCUCUGUUAGCUUAUAGCACACACCGGCUACGGCUAUGAAUAUCAGUGGCUCUGGACUGAGCUAUCUAGCAAGCUGCUGCAAAGCAAGGGGCUCUCUCUGCCCUGGAGCCCUGUCAUGGCUGUUGUCUGUUGCCAGGAAACCGACCCGCACAAAGCACAGCAGGGGACAGAUAUGCAGCCACACUGUGGGGAGGCAGGCAGGUCAACCAGCCGGCCAUGAUAGAGGAAUGGAAGAAGGGAUUCAUAGAUAGAUGGAUGAGAUGGAUGGACAUAGGGGGAGCAGGGGGAAUUAAAUUAUAACUGAGGGAACUUUGGAAAGCAAGGGUUAAGGGACCUGGAGGGGAAGGAGGGGUGACUUGGCUACAGUGAGGAAUUUGACGAAAGAGGCCCUUAGGCAUGUAAAGUAGAGCGGUGAGUAAACAGUGCGUGGGGAGAGUUGGGUUAGAGAGGUUACAGGAAGAGAAAGAGAGGAAAAGGGGGGUCAAAUUUAUGGACAGAUUCUCAUGUACAGUAAUAAAGGUCACGCAUGGUGUGGUGAUUUGGCAGAUUUAGAGAUUCCCAGGGAGACAGUGCUUAAGAUGAAGAUGAAGAGACUAGUAGUAGACGCUGUUGGUACAACCGGUCUGCCCGACCUCAGUGAGACUGCAGUGACAACCUGGUUUUUAUUGGGGUCUAUUAGCUUUCAGUUCCCUUUCUGCCAUUCCUUUGGAAGACUGCUGUAUUACCACACUGGGAUUACUAUUAUUAUUGUGAUUAUUAACCCUUUCUUUUAUACUGACAACAACUGGAACACUGUAUAGAUGUAAAGAUGGCAUUUCCUGCAUUAUGACGAUGAUUGAAACAUGGAUGUACAUAUAUUGUAUCAAUUAAAAAUGAUGAUGCAUUAAGCUUUUA